AUGUCAUUGAGACAAACCAUCAAACAACUCCCCUUCAUUUAUUCCUACCCGUUGUUUCGCUCUUUCUCUUCCUCCUCCGCUCACCAAGACCCAUACUCUCUCCUCAAAGAAGACCCAAUAGAUAUCUGCUCUUCUAUCUGGGUCAAAUCCUUCUCUUCACCAUCAAACUUUACUUUCUCUAACCUCACUGGUUUCCUCUCCAAACUCGACCUCUGGGUCCUCGCUUACCAACGCUCCUGCGCUCAUGUCACCGGAAAGUUCCCUCCUCGAAACGCACUCCACUCCCAUGCUCUCCAUUCCCUGCUCUCUCUUCAAACCGCUGUAGUUCACAACCGCUUCAAAUGGAACGACAAGGCCCACCAAAUCCUCCGCAACCCCAACGAUGGGCCUUCUACCAACCUAGUGUCCAAGAGGAAGCUCAGGGCAAUGGUGGAUUCUGAUGAUCCGUGCUUCCAAGACCGGGUUGUUCAGGAGGUGCUUCUGAUGGUGCUUGAGCCUCUUUUUGAAGCACGGUUUUCGAGGAAGUCCCACGCGUUUAGGCCCGGAAGGAAUGCACACACAGUAAUUAGAACUAUUAGGAGUAAUUUUUCUGGAUAUUUGUGGUUUUUGAGGGGUGAUUUGAGUGAUAUUCUUGACGACGUUGAUGCCGAUGUUGUAAUGGGAUGUGUUGAAAAAGUUGUUAGAGAUAAGAGAGUGUUGAGUUUGAUAACAAAUGCGCUUGGAGCGCCGGUUAGGAUUCGAGAAAUGGGCAAUAUUGGUGAUGGUGAACAGUCGAGGAACAAGAAAAAGAGGAAAUCUACUAAGAAGAAGAUUUUGAAUGAGAAUGAGUCAAAACCUGACCCUUAUUGGUUGAGAACUUUCUUUGAUUUUGCUCCUGAGGAGGCAGCGAAGAUACCCACUUAUGGUUAUUGUGGGAUUUUGAGUCCAUUGCUUGCUAAUGUGUGUCUCAAUGAAUUGGAUCAAAUGAUGGACGAGAAGAUUGUUGACUUCUUCAGGCCAAAUAAGCUUGAUUCUAUAUGGAAAUAUUCCAUCGAUGAUGCGUGUCAUAACCCUUCUUGGCCAGAGUUUGUACCAUCUAGUGGAAAACAGAAGACUAGGAAAAUGGAUUACGUUCGAUAUGGGGGUCAUUUCUUGAUUGGCAUUCGAGGGCCUAGAGAAGAUGCAGUGCAAAUUCGGAAGGAAAUUAUUGAGUUUUGCGAGAGGAAGUUUGGUAUCAGGCUGGAUAAUUCGAAAGUUGAGAUUGAGCACAUAACUAGGGGAAUUCAGUUCUUGGAUCAUAUAAUUAGCCGCAGAGUUAUAUAUCCUACACUUCGUUAUACAGGCAGUGGAGGCAAAAUUGUGAGUGAAAAGGGCGUGGGGACUUUACUUUCAGUUACUGCUUGUUUGCAGCAAUGUAUGAGUCAGUUUAGGAGGCUUAAGUUUGUUAAGGGUGAUAAGGAUCCUGAGCCAUUGCCUUGUACUCCGAUGCUUUACUCAGGUCAAGCCCAUACUAAUGCACAAAUGAAUAAGUUUCUCGAGACUAUGGCAGAUUGGUAUAGAUAUGCUGACAAUCGAAAAAAAGUUGUUGGGUUUUGUGCAUAUGUGAUUCGUAGCUCAUUGGCUAAACUUUAUGCUGCAAGGUAUAGACUAAAAUCACGUGCAAAGGUUUACAAGAUUGCUUCACGUGAUCUCAGUCGGCCAUUGAGAGAGAGUAGUAACAAUUCUGCUCCUGAAUAUUCUGAUCUUUUGAGAAUGGGACUUGUUGAUGCAAUUGAAGGUGUUCAGUUCUCCCAUAUGUCUUUGAUUCCAACCUGUGAUUAUACUCCAUUUCCAAGGAAUUGGAUUCCUGAUCAUGAGCAGGUUUUGCAUGAGUAUCUACGAUUACAAGAUCCCAAAUUCUUUUGUGAUUUGCAUAGAUCAAUAAAGCAUCAAGGUUUGAGUCUGCCUCAAGAUGAGAUAUCUGAAAUUGUGUGGGAUUACAAGACUCUUGGAGUUCGAAGAUACUAA